CCCCCCUGUUUCUACUACUCAGGUUAAAGAUUAAAAGUACGGCACCUCACAUCCUCGAACGAUGCUAACAAAAGACCACCACAAAUUUACAGCAAGUAUUCCAAAAGUUAGAACCGGAAAUGUGACUUUAACUCUCCGAAAAGUUGUAUUUAGAUUAGCAGCAAGUCCUUUACAAUAUGGGGGGGGGGUGUUAGGGUUAGAUCGAUUGCAAAGCGUCGCUCCAAAGAUCGUCUGCGUUGAGAGAGAGAACAGUCAGUUGACCGCGAUAGACGAUCUUUGGCAGACCCUCCUCUUCAUCCUCCUCCUCGCUCAUCUUUUUUUUUUUUUUUUUUUUUCUGUCGGCCGCCAAGCGAACGAACGGUGGCCGAAUCCUCCUCUCCAUCGGCAUCACCAGUGGACGACCUUUCCUCCCCACUCGUGUCCAUUUUGGGGCCGCGGUGAUGUCCGUCGCGGGGUUGAAGAAGCAGUUCCACAAAGCCACGCAGAAAGUCAGCGAGAAGGUGGGCGGCGCCGAAGGGACCAAGCUCGACGAUGACUUUAAAGAAAUGGAGAAGAAAGUGGACGUGACCAGCCGAGCGGUUCUGGAGAUCAUGACCAAAACCACCGAGUACCUGCAGCCCAACCCGGCGUCCAGAGCCAAACUCAGCAUGAUCAACACCAUGUCCAAAAUCCGCGGCCAGGAGAAGGGCCCCGGGUACCCGCAGGCCGAGUCCGUCCUGGGAGAUGCCAUGUUGAAGUUCGGCCGGGAACUCGGGGACGACUCCUGCUUCGGCCUGGCGCUGGUGGACGCCGGCGAGGCGAUGAAGGAGCUGGGCGAGGUCAAGGACGCUCUGGACAUGGAGGUGAAGCAGAACUUCAUCGACCCGCUGCAGAACCUCCACGACAAAGACCUAAAGGAGAUCCAGCACCACCUGAAGAAGAUGGAAGGUCGCCGUCUCGACUUUGACUACAAGAAGAAACGUCAGGGCAAGGUGCAGGACGACGAGAUCAAGCAGGCCUCGGAGAAGUUUGACGAGAGCAAGGAGAUCGCCGAGCAGAGCAUGUUCAACCUUCUGGAAAGCGACAUCGAGCAGGUGAGCCAGCUGGCGGCGCUGGUCCAGGCCCAGUUGGAGUACCACAGUCGCACGGCUCAAAUCCUCCAGCAGCUCUCCGGCAAGAUGGACGACAGGAUAAAGGAAGUGUCCGGUAAGCCCAGGAAGGAGUUUGUCCCCAAACCGCGGAUGACCUUGGAGCUGCUGCCGCCCAGCGACAGCCACAACGGCGGCCUCCACUCUGCCAAAUCGCCCGGGAGAUCACCAGCUCCGCUGGACCAGCCGUGCUGCCGGGCGCUCUACGACUUCGAGCCCGAGAACGACGGCGAGCUGGGCUUCAAGGAGGGCGACGUCAUCACGCUGACCAACCAGAUCGACGACAACUGGUACGAGGGGAUGAUCCACGGCCACUCGGGCUUCUUCCCCAUCAACUACGUCGACAUCCUAGUGCCCCUCCCGCAUUAAGGCCGUGCCCCCCCCCCCCCCCCCCCGGGACGGUCCUCCUUUGGCGUCCUCCUCCUCCUCCUCCUCUUCUUCUUCUGCUUCGUGCGACUACGGGAGACGUCGAGGCUGAGGGGCUCGAGGGGAGGAAGAGCGACCACAUGACCAUGUUUGCAGGCUCGGAGCAGCGCCGCUACCGAGUGGGGGCGCGUCCCCCCCCCCCCCCCCACACACACACACACACACACACACUUUCCCCCACGCGCGUGUGCGUGUGUGCACGUUUUGUCUCGUUCCCCGUCAGGGCGCCGUCGCAUGGCUCUCGCCUCGUCUUCUUCUUUUCCCUUCUCCUCGCGCCACUUCGCGCCGUUUUGCAUGAGCAAGCCCCCCCCACCCCCCCACCCGUCAAGCAGCGACGCGUCUUCGGGUCACAGCUGCUCAGCAAUAAGUUCAAAAAGAAAAAGGGCGGGGCUAGUCGGACAUUUGCGAGUUGUGCGUUUUGUGUCGACAGGCCGCAAUUUUGAGUUCCUUUUUUUAAUGUGGCUUUUGCAUGCGUGACCGAUCGAUUGAUUGAAUAACUGAUUGAUGUUUCACGUGUCACGAGGUCACCGUGUUCAAUUGUGAGCGAUUUAGUGGCAAGCGCAGCAGUAGUCGUGGCUUUAUUAAACGUCAGGAGUCGGUACCUAUCUAUCUAUCUAACUAUCUAUCUGUAUCUUUCUAUCUUUCGAGCCGAGCAGCGACGCAAACCGCAGGAGCGUACUUGGCGAGGGACCCUCGGCGGCGUCCACUCAGGAGGAAAAGGAAGCGGAGCAGCGUUCGGCCCAGUGCUCGCGUACUAAGCGAGUAUUUAUUACAGUCGUGGCGCGUCGGAACGUUCAAAUGCUCCCUCGCUGUGCUUAUGUUGAUAUUUAUUUAUUUAGCCCCCCCCCCCCACACCUCCAUUGAAAAUGCAGUCGUUCCAAUUUCGACAAGAAAGUCCUGAUUGCGAUACGGCGGGCGACUUUUGUUCAACCUCGGCGGGAGCCGACAGAAGAAAAUAAAACAAGGUGCAAAUUGAGAUAGGGUCGACCUGAGGUCGCGAGACAUUGCAGUUUUAGGGUCUCACGAGGAACGUGACUCAUUAAAAUGACGACGGCAACAGAUUCAAAUUCAGAUUUGUGGCCUUGUGUCUCGUGCCGGCCCGGAAUCCGCCGGCUUCUGGCCUUCAGAAAUUCUCCGUCGAAUUGAAUAUCUUUUGGAGCUCAGUUGUUUCGCUAGCUAGCAUCAAAGUCGAGCUAAUCAUGCAGAACAGUGGAGCCAGCUUUUAAAGACGUGCCGGAGUUUGAACUAGUACAGCAAGUAAACCAGUAUUUCCACUUUAUUUGUUUUUAAACCCGUGUACAGUACUUAAGUAGACCUUGUGAGUACUUUGGCCGCCUCCGAUUUAGCAAAGCACAAGGUGACAUUUUGAAGAACGGGCGAUCUUGCCACUAUUACAAACCAACAGCUAUUCACUUUGAGGGCAAUAAAAUAAUACGAUAAUCCACGUUUGUGGGCUGCAUGCUUUUUUUGUGGCCUGAUACGCCGUCGUGUCGCGUACGCCCUCCCCGAGAGCUUGUUUUCAUUUUGAUUUAUUAUUAUUAUUAUUUUUUUUUUUUGUCUUCGUCAACGGCGACGUGUAUUUUUGUCCUCAGUGAGGGACCCGUUGCGGUCUUCGCCAUCGUGGCGAAGAGUGACAUACUUGAAGAAGUGCGCCGCGGCAUUUUGCCAGCUGGACCGGAACCGGUGCGAUCGUGUGACCUCACUUUGCCUCGCGGCUGUACAAAAUAGCCUCAC